UGUGAGAUGCUGCAAGUAAUUGCUAUGUGGGCCAGUGGCAGAUUUGUUUGCUGUGGAUAUUCCUUUGCGUUGGCAAGUCGUACCGAGCAAGGAUCCAGAUGAGAUGCAUACCUCCCAACCACCCCUCUGUCGAUGGUAAUGCUCAAAUAGCUCGUGGGAUCAGCGAAAUUCUGCAGAAGAACAUCCUCCACCACACUCGUUAUGCAUUCAUCCAUAUUCACGGCCUUCAUAGGUCUUGUGGCCACCUCACUGGCUCUCCCAACCGCCUCGCCAUCAGCACUUCCUACAACUACAAACUUCACCGUCCGCGCCUUUUAUGCCUCCCUCGCCGCACCAGAUGCCCCAGUAGCGUACCAGCAACAGUCCUGGGCAGACUUCAUCAUCGACGACGGCGAUUAUAAUACGCUUUGCACCGUCAUGAGCAAGCCUAACGAGGCACUCUACUCAACCUACAAGUACUACCCCUGUGAGAAAGAGGACUCGGAUCCGGAUGUCUCGUUCUCGUUCAGGAUUUCCAAGAACUUCAGGGAGCUUGAGGUGAAGAAGACGUGGAAUAGUAAUGGAACCUACCUGACGGGAUUUGCGACACAAGAGACCCAUUGGAAGGAGGGUGAGAGUGGGAACGUUACGGUUAGUGAGUACGGGAAGCUGUAUCAGAGGUUUGGGAUGUGGAAUUUCGAGAUUACGAGAUUGAUCGGGUAGCCGGGCAUGCCAGAAGAGAAGGCCAACGACCUGUGACGGGUUGUGAUUGAUGGUUGGUGAAGAAAUGAGAACAAAAGUGGAAAUCAUUAAUUAAAUUGUCAGGUAGCCCCAGUGUCUCUUCUCUUAACGCAUAGCUGCAAGGGUGAAAUCCGUACUCCAGGA